AUGCGCGGAUUUCAAACUCGACAUUUGAUGGCGAACCGUAAAAGGAACAGGCCAGAGGAUUGGGAGGAUUUGGAGCCAUCUCCAGUUAUUCAUAUACGGGAGUUGCCAGAACAUACUCUUGAGCUGGACUUAAUUAGAGUUUUUGAACAGUUUGGCUCUAUUAGGGAUAUUGCAAUGAUUCCACAUAAAGGUCAAGCACUAAUUGAAUUUGAUGACAUUAACUCAGCAGAAAGAGCUGUUGCAAGAUGUUCGGAGAAUGCCGUGAUGUUUGCUAAUCACCGAUUGAAAGUUAACUAUAGUACAUCGAAACGUGUGGUCCACCGACCUCUAGAAAAUGAUAACCAGCACUCCGAAUUGCCUCCCGAAAGCCGUGUACUUAUGUUAACGGUUUACAAUGCUCAAUAUCCUAUCACAGUCGAUGUCAUUCAUCAAAUUACAGCCAAACAUGGACGCGUUUUACGCAUCGUCAUUCUCCGUAAAACCCGAAUACAGGCUAUGGUGGAGUUUAAAAAUACGGAAGAGGCCCGGACUGCUAAGCGGCAUCUUAAUGGGGCCGACAUAUAUUCUGGCUGCUGUACACUGAAAGUCGAGUUUGCUCGUCCUACACGCUUGACUGUCACUCGUAAUGAUCAAGAUUCAUGGGAUUUUGAAAAUCCAUUAUUACUGUCUACCUCACUUAAUGAAGCUGAUGGGCGUGGAGAUAUUUCUCUAUUAGGACGUUUUGAACGUUCACGUGCUCGACACGAAAGCUCAAGGUCUGUUAAUGGUGGCAACUUUGGCUAUCAUGAUGGUUUCAUAAAGCAAAAUGCUGUCGGGCUUAGUGUCCCACCUGCUUCGUUCUUGGACCAGUUGGCUUUAAAUUACCAUGUAUCGAGGCGUGGUCUCGAUGGAUUGAAUGGUCAACCUUUUGCUAGGGCUGCAACUGCUGUCAUAAUGGUAUAUAACAUGGAUAUGGAUCAUAUGAACUGCGAUCGCUUGUUCAACCUUCUUUGUCUCUAUGGUAAUGUUGUUCGUAUUAAGUUUUUGAGGACUAAAGAAGGAUCAGCUAUGGCGCAAAUGGGCGAUAACGUUAGUGUUGAUCGUGUCAUUACUAACCUUUCAGAAGUCCCAUUGAUGGGAAACGCAUUGUCGAUUCGUCCAAGCAAACAACAACUUAUCCUGGACGUACCAAAACCUUUUGAAUUACCAGAUGGUACCCCAUCUUUCAAAGACUAUUCAGGGUGUCGUGAAAAUAGAUAUAUAAAUCCAGACAAGGCGAGUAAGAAUAGGAUCUACCCGCCAUCACAUACUCUGCAUUACUGGAAUUGUCCUCCGAGUUAUACCCCAGAGGAACUGCGCAAGUUGAUUGUUGAAUGUGGUGCUUCACCACCUCGCCAAAUCGCACCUUUCCCAAGGAUUAGUGAUAGAUCCUCUUCAGGCCUUGUAGAAUGGGGAACAAAAGAUGAAGCCGUUACUGCCCUUGCUUUGUGCAACCACCAAGCUAUUCCAAACACCGAAGGUCGUUAUCCAUUUCUUCUUAAACUGUCAUUUUCAAGCUCUCCUGUCAAUGAUCGAGCAUUUUCAGGUUCGAAGAAGAUUGGCUCAUCAAAUAUUGGAAAGUCAGCAGCAUCCGUAGACUCUAGCGAGUAUGAAUAGUUAAUGGAUAGGUUAGUUAGUACUUGUUUGAAUUUUUUAAAGUUAAUGGUUUUUUUAUCCAUUUGUUUUUGUUUGCUGUGUCAUUUACCUCACCGCUUUCCCUGCGUAUAUAAUACAGGUCUUAAAAUCAUGUUAUUAUUUCCUUCGUAACAUCUACUAACGCGGCUCAUUAUACUUUUAUUUAUUUAAAAUGUUUUGGUUUGACUGUUUAGUUAAUUUUCUACUGUAAUUAAAAAAUUACCCUCCACAUCGUCUUUACACAAUGCAUUUGUUUUUGGAAGUGCAUUUUGAUCAUGUAUCUUUUGUAGCGAUCCAUUUUUCUGAGCUCUAUAAAUUAAACAAGGUCUCAAGUAUUCCUACAUAAACUUAAGUGUUGACGUUUCUUUGCUAAUAAUUUCAGAUAUUUUGUUUCAAGAAGCUUCAAACACAACCCUACCUCUUUUUGAGACCUUCCUUCCAAAGGUGCUCGCCAUCAUAAUUUUCCUAUCCAAGUUAAUUUAUGGAUGAUGCGACACGAAAACUGUUUGUCCGUGGAUCACAUUAGAGUCGUCAAUCGAACACAUAGUAUAUUAAGUCUACUUGAUUUUCAUAGUAGACAAUGAUAAUUUUUUUUUACAACACAGACAUACUUAUCGGCGUCCGACAAUGGUAGUCUUUCUUAACCUAAAAGCAGCAUUUGACUUUGUACACCAGAAGGUUAUGUGGCAGUGUCUGUCAUUGAAAG